AUGGUGGCGCCUUUAAAUGUGAACAAGAGUCCCAUCCGAUAUACCAAGUGCUUUCAAAAUGCGACGUUGGAGGAGCGCCAGUCUAUGGCUACGGUAUGUUUUUUUGAUUUACCAAACUUUUCUUUCUCUUACUUUACUUUAUUCUGGCUUCUCUUACUUUAUCUUACCCUAACUUACUCUACCCUUCUCUACCCUUCUCUACUUCACCCUACAGGUUGCUUCAAAUAGUAUAAUAUGUUAGUCAUGUUAUAUUCCAUUUAAUGCCUUCAGGAGAUUGACGGCGCAAUAUGGGAGCGUGUAUUGUACUGGCAUCAUGGAAUCUACCCCAUACCGUUCACAGUAGUUGCAAUCAUAGGCGUUGUACUGUACAUCUUGUGUGUGAAGCGGGCAAUGGACGAACAUCGUGUUAGUCGAAAAUUUUAUUCAUUGCUAUUGAAUCGUGCUUUCGGUGACUUUGUAGCAUGCAUAGCGAACACCGUGGCCAUAUUGUACGCUCUGUGCUUCGAACACAAGUAAGUAAAGACAUAUUCUACUGUACCGUAUUCUGCCCUACCCUACCCUACCCUACCUUACUUUACCCUACCCUACCCUACCCUACCCUACCCUACCCUACCCUACCCUACCCUACCCUACCCUACCCUACCCUACCCUACCCUACCCUACCCUACCUUACCCUACCCUACCCUACUCUAACAUACUUUACUAUACCUUGCCUUACUUUACCUGACUCUGCUCUGCAGUACUUUUUUAAUGUAAGAUGUGUAAGAUUUAAUUUUUAGCCCUGGUAUUCUUCAAAUAUUGAACACUUUGUUCAUAGCCUCGUUUUGGUCAAGCAUGUGUUCUUAUACUGGACAAAGUAUUAUUAAACUGUACGGAGUGGCAAAACCACUACAAUAUCGACGAUACAUCACUAUGAAACGAUGUAAACAAUUUUGUGUAUUAAGGUACGUAAUUUAUAAUAUUUUUAAUUUUGAAAUUUUCAAAAUUUUUUUUAAUUUUUAAAUUUUUUUCUGUUACAGUAUGUACUGCAUCAUAUAGAUAACACUUUUAAAAACAUAUUGUUUCAGUUGGAUCUUGUUCUUUACGUGUAUCAUAUAUACUUCAACCGUAGUAGUUAUUACAACAGUGCCUUCCCUAAGGAAACUGACUGAUUGCACAUCAGAAUCAUGCUUACAUCCAAUGUACUCCGGUCGUAACAUACUGGUUGUUGUUGUGUAUUUGUUUACUUUGGCGACUUUUGGCUUUACUGGUAAGUUCUUAAAAAAAGUAGGGUAGGGUAGGGUAGGGUAGGGUAGGGUACGUUAGGGUAGGGUAGGGUAUUAAAAAUACAGUAUGAUGCAAUAUCUACAGUACACCACUAACUUAAAAAUUUUAGUUUUGCUAAUUCGUCGAGCCAAGAAGCAUUCAGAAUCGUUCCAUCAAUCCAACAACAAGAACCGUGAUGCCGUGAAACGACGUUUUAAAUACCCGAUGUUAAAGUUGGCUAUACAUAUCUUGACCUUCACCGUCUUUAACUUUCCUUACUUUUGUUGGGCAUUACUAUUAGUGGUGGAGGAUGGUUGUUUUUACCCGAAGCACUACAACACCAUGAACAUGUUUAGCUCAUGGGUUCGGAUGUCGUUGUGUGUUCGGAUCAUCGUUGACUCGUUGCUGAGUUUGUGCUUCGAGACGGAGGUAAGUGGGGAUGGGUAGGAUAUAUAUAAAAGUGGGGGGGGAGUUUAAAAAAGUGAGACGGGGGAAUAGAUACGAUUAGGUAGGAAUGAUAAUGGGGUACGGUAGGCUAUAAAGUAGAAUAUGGUAAAGUGUGGAAGGGGGUAAGUGGCUGAGGUGUUGAUUAUUGAUGGGCGGUGUAUUUUGGUCGAAAUGAAAAAACGAGGAAGAGGAUUACGAAGUAUUUGCUUUUUUUGGCUUGUCACUACCGUCUCUGCCACCUACGCUUUUUUCCGUCUUUUCCAUCUCCUCCCCCCCCCCCCCCCUUUCCUCCUUUCUCCCCCCCCCCUCCCCCCCCGUCCCACCUUCCUUAUAGUGUUAGGAAACAUUAGGUUCAAAGUCUAAGUUAGACAACUGAUAAUGAUAAAACAUACAGUAAAAUCAAAAGAAAGUACAAUUAGAUAGAUACUGCAACACAAAACAUAAAUUUUUGUUUUCAGGUCAAGAGAAGUCUACUAAAGAUCUUUGGCUGCGUCAAAAGAGUCGUGCCGUCAGCCUCAUUAUCAACGAAUCGAAUGACGACAAUCAACUCUGGUACUGGUACAGUAUCAGCAUGUGAUUCUAGCGACUAUUCCAAUGCUGACAACGUUCGGCCGUUAACGGCGGAAGAGAAGAAACAACAACGUUCUGUUAGUGAACGUGGACUGCUACACAAGACUCAUCUUAAAGAGCCUGGGGACAUUAAGGAUGCGAAGCAGGUGAUUGAAGUCAUACCGGAAUAG